GCCUGCUGUAUUGUUUUAUGUAUCACAACAGAUCUACUGAUAUUAGCUAUGGAGAAGAUCAUCUUCUACGAGGACAGAAACUACCAGGGGCAAUCCCAUGAGUGCACCACUGACUCCAGUGACCUGCACAGCUACAUCAGCCACUGCAACUCCAUCAGAGUGGAGGGGGGAUUCUGGGUAAUCUAUGAGAGACCAAACUACAUGGGUUACCAGUAUGUGCUGACCCCAGGGGAGUAUCCAGACUACCAACACUGGGCGGGCUUCAGCGACUCCGUCAGGUCCUGCCACUUAAUCAGGAAUGUGGGGAAUGCAUGGAGGCUGAAGGUUUGGGAGAAGCCCAGCUUUGAAGGCCAGACAAUGGACGUGGCAGACAACAUGCCCGCUUUACACGAGCGCUGGCACAACCGCGAGGUUCACUCCUGCAAGGUGUUUGAAGGUGCCUGGGUCUUCUACGAGCAUCCCAACUACAGGGGGCGCCAGUAUCUCCUGGAGAGGGGCGAGUACAGGCGCUACACCGACUGGGGGGGCAUGCAGGCCACUGUGGGCUCCAUCCGUCGUGUUAAGGAGUAG